UUUUUUUUUUUUCUUUUCUUUAUCUGUCUUUCCCAGAACAUGCGAAUCUGUGGUUUGGGCUUGCUGCUCUCGGUCUUGGCCUUCACUGCCGCCGUGGUCAGCGGCGUUCCCGCACCGCUCGACGAAGACGCGAUGCCGUCGACCACCGUGAGUCGCCUGUACCCCGUCGUCGGCGCCAAGGUGACCACCUUGAACCAGAAGGACGGCAGCGUCACGAGCCCGUGGGCGGUGGCAGAGUCGCUCCAGGACGCCAUCCUCCGCAACCGUCGCCAGGCCGCCAUGGACAACACAACCGCCAUCUCUGAGCUGGCGCCGCAUCGCAAGUUCCCGCUGGACAUUAACAUUGAUGUGUACGUCGCUGGCGGCAAGCACAUUGAGGUCAAGGCCUCCCUCCUCGUGGGUCUGUUUGCGGAAGACACGUACGUUCAAGUGCACGGCGCACACCCCGAGACCGGCGAGCCCGAGAUCAUUGAGCGCCUGCCACACACAAUGCGCGCGUAUGCUGGUGAAACCGUGGAGGGUUUCCAUGCGGCAGUCGUGCUCCAUGACGACGAAAACAGCUUUUACAUGGUCGUUUUUGAUCCCGCAGGCCACUACACGAUCGAACCCGCCGUGCGCCACGAAGCCGCCAUGCCCUCGGACGAGCAUCGUCGGUCCCUUCGCGAGGCUGCCGCUGCCACAGGCCUCGUUCUCUUCCAUGGCGCGGAUGUGCUGGAAGUGACCUCCACGGCAGCCAGGUUCCGUGACGGCGCCACAAACAGGCGCCAAGUCGGCGAAAGCACCUUGCCUCGAUCGGUGCGCAUUGACAACGUGGAGGAUUCCCGCCGUACCGUGUCCAAGUGGGCAGACUGCUUCACCAACUCGAACACACAGCUGUCCACCCUCACGCAAAGCGUCGCGGUCGACUAUGGUCUCUAUCUCGAUUGGGGCGGUUCUGCAUCCGCCGUCAAGACCAAGAUUGCCGAGACGAUGGCCACGACCAACGUGGUCUACAACACGCAAGUGGGUGUGUUCCUCAAGCUGGGGUUGGUUGUCCUCAAGAGCUCGCUUGAUUCGACCGCCUGGAACCAGAAGCCAAGCACUCCUGGUCAACGGACCUGCACCAACGACAUCAACAAGGUUCUGACGGAUUUCACUUCGUGGCGCCAAACUCGGCCUGCCUCCGAGCCGUACGGUCUCUGGCAUCUCUUUACCAAUUGCUUCCCGCCUUCCGGCACGGUUGGGCUGGCGUAUGUCGGAACCCUGUGCUCGUCUACUUCGAACACGGGCGUGUCGUCCGACUCGUCCCAGUUUUGGAUUACUCACGCACACGAGACUGGCCACAACUUUGGCGCCCAGCACACAUUUGGCUUUGGCGGCAUCAUGGACUAUGGCGAUGGCAAGUAUCUCGGCGAGUACCAGUUCUACACUGCCCAGAACAAGGCCGAAAUGUGCACUGAAAUCCAAUCCACCCUGGCUUCAACCAGCGUGCCCUCGUGCUGGACGCCGUAUUCCCCCACGUGCGGCAACGGCGUUGUCGAGCCGAGUGAAGAGUGCGACGUGUCCAGCUCGUGCUGCAAAAACUGCAAGUUGACUUCUGGCUCACAAUGCGCCACCGGCACGUGCUGCAGCGCGUGCAAAUUCAGUCCGCCUACCACGGUUUGCUCCGUCAUGGAUGGCGUGGCGGCUACUGGCGUUUGUGUCGAAGGCACGUGCUAUAAGAGCGGGUGCAGCAAAUACAGCAACGUGAAACCAUGCCCGGCAGGCGGAGUCAGCAGCACCAACCCCUGUCUCUACAGAUGCAGGUUUGACGGAUCCACCACGUGCACUGAUGCUACAAGCGUGUCGAGUCUCGAUGAAAACUACCUGCCUGCAGGCACAACAUGCGGCGUGGCGCCCUACUCUACCUGCCAACUCCAGGCAGGAUCGACCACCGUGUAUACGUGCCAGGCAAGCACGAUGACGUACUCUUGGAGUACCUUUGCGUAUGGCGCAUGUGUUGCGCCGCGCUGCCCUUCCACCGCAUCCGGCACGCUCACACGUUUGGUCAAGUGCGUUGGCAGCGACGGCUCGACUGCUCCCGACGCGUCCUGCUCUGGCUCCAAACCGGCCAGCACUACAUCGUGCACCAUUCCUUGCUCAUCCGCUGCGCCGAUUGAUGGCAACCCGGAUGGUGAUUCCAGCUCAAGCUCGAGCUCGGCUGUCGCCAUUGGCGUCGCUGUCGCUGUCCUUGUCGUGCUCCUCCUUGUGAUUGUGGCAGCAGUGCUGUACCGCCGUCGCAAAGGCUUGAGCAUCAUUCCUUCCUUCCACGCGCCUUCCAGCAAUCGCCGCUCAGCCAAGACCGGCGGCUCCAGUGCAUCGUUGGAAGUCCUCUCGGCCCCGACCAAACCGUCGCCCAAAGCGGUCAAAGAGCCCGCCGUUCCAAUGGCUACCUCGCAGCUUCGCAAGCCCGCCCCUCCUGCCCCCGUUCAGAACGCCAGUUCCAGCGCUGUCGAAAAGUACCGCGCCGUGUACGAUUACACCCCUCAGCAGGGUGACGAACUGGCCCUGUCUGUCGGCGACGUGGUGAUUGUUUCCAAGAAGGGCGAGGAUGGGUGGUACCAUUGCAAGAACUCGACGACCAAUCGUACGGGUGUUGUUCCAUCCAACUACCUCGAGCCCGUGUCGCAGGCCAAACCUGCUGCGCCGCCCAAACCACCCACCACACGCCCAGCUCCGACCAAUCCCGCCGCUCCCCAGCCGUUCAAAGCAGCCCCUCUCAAGCCCGUCGGCCCCAAAGGGCCCGGACCUGCUGGUGCUUCUUCUACUCCAAGCAAGCCUGUGCCUGGUGCCCCCAAGCCAACGCCUCCACCCUUCAAGCCCACUGGUGCCGCUGCUCCUCGCAAGCCAUUGCCGUAAAUCUGACAUUCCCGGUCGUUUUGGCAACCAUCGAGGCUUCAAUUUCCAUGGUCAUUUUAUCUAGCAUGCGUAUUUGUGCGUGAUGUGUGUGUGUGUGUGUGUAUGUGCGUUUCGUUCUUGUGAUUGCUCUCCAACGCAAGACGUGACUCGAGAAGGUUGCUUUCGCUUCGCUCUGCUGGUAUUGGGCUUAGUAGGAGGGUCCUUCUUUUGGGGUUUUUAUGUUUUUUGGCGGGUUGCAUCGGCUUUAUUCUGUUGUUUGUGGGCCCCCUGUCAAGUAUCACUGUCUCAGUAAAUAGUUCUUUUUCUGUGGUU